GUAUUCACAUUGGUGAUGCAUUAUUCAUGCUAAGAGUAAGAACAAUGAAGUGAACAUUAACACUUCCUUUGGAUUCUCUCUUUCAUUCUAACUAACUCAAAACUCGCUUUAUUUUUUUUCCCUCCAAACUUAAAUAACUGAAUCGUAACAAACUCAUAUCUCACAAUGUUGGAUCUCAAUCUCAACGCGGAUUCCGCUUUCGACAACUACACUCUUCCACUCUCCGCCUCACAAAUGGAAAGCUCCGGCAGCUUUGAUUCCUCCGUCGUCAACGCCGCCGACACUGAAGAUUCAUGCUCUUACGGCGAAGCCUACGCUUACAACUUCGCUAUACUCAACAACAACAACCGUUCUGUCGACAACAAUACUAUCUCCGGUGAAUUUCAACGCUCUGGCGCCGGAGAAGGUGGUGUACGGACAAUUCAGCUUUUUCCUGCUAAUGAAUCGGGAAUCUCGCCGUCGGAUGGUAGAAACUGGAUGAGUUUCUCGUCGGAUCAUCACGGUGCCAUGCCGGAGCAGAUUGUUGUUGCUCCACGACCUCAGCAGGUGAAGAAGAGUCGGCGUGGACCGAGGUCACGGAGUUCGCAGUAUCGUGGCGUUACGUUCUACCGGAGAACGGGAAGAUGGGAAUCUCAUAUUUGGGAUUGUGGAAAACAAGUUUACUUAGGUGAGGAAACAAAGCAUCAUCGCCGCUUUGAAAUUGAGAUGGUUUCGUUUUAUUUUAUUUUCUUGAUUCGUUCUUGCUUCUUUUUCUUUUCAGGUGGAUUUGACACCGCGCAUGCUGCAGCAAGAGCAUAUGAUCGUGCUGCAAUCAAGUUCCGAGGUGUUGAUGCUGAUAUUAAUUUCAAUGUCAGCGAUUAUGAUGAAGAUAUAAAGCAGAUGAGUAACUUUACCAAGGAAGAGUUUGUGCAUAUUCUGCGGAGACAGAGCACUGGUUUCUCGAGGGGAAGCUCCAAAUACCGGGGAGUUACUCUGCAUAAAUGUGGUCGAUGGGAAGCACGUAUGGGACAGUUUCUUGGGAAGAAGUAUAUAUAUCUUGGUCUAUUCGAUAGUGAGCUAGACGCGGCAAGAGCUUAUGAUAAGGCUGCUAUAAAAUGCAAUGGAAGAGAAGCAGUUACAAAUUUUGAGGCCAGCUCUUAUGAAGGGGAGUUAGUUUCCCAUGAUAAUGAAGAUAGCAAGCAGAAUCUUGAUCUGAACUUGGGUAUAGCCCCUCCUGCUAACUCUGAUAUUCAAAUGAUGAACAUGCACCUAAAUGGAAGUGAUUUAGAAGUUCAGCCGAGCUGGGAUGAUAUGCCCGUUGAUAAGAGUGCUAUGUUUGAGGACUCUGGGUCAAGAUCAAUCAAUACUCAGCCACCUUAUGGCUUUUCCAUAGCAUCUGAGCAUCAACCUUCAUUUUGGAAUGGUACCAAUUACUUUCCCAUGUCUAAGGAAAGAGCACUAGAGAAUAGGAUGGAAGCUGGUCCCGUUCCAAAUUGGGCAUGGCAACUCCAAAGUCCUUAUAAUAAUGGGUCAAAUUUGAUUCCACCUAAUUUCUCUGCUGCAGCAUCAUCAGGAUUCCCUUCAACAGCCAUAAUACCAUCAGCUGCGGAUAGUAGUCAACUUCAUUUUCCAAACAUGGCAUACAUCCACCCUCAUUUUGCUCCUCCAAUGACCAACUCCAGCCCCAUACCCCCCUUCUAUUGCAGGAGCUGAAUCAUAGCUCCUAGAGUACUAAACCACAAUUCCUAUUCUUCUAGACGUCUAGUCUUUGUAUCGAACGUUAGGAAUAUGAUUAAAACCUUGUAGGGGCUUAAAGUAGGAAUUUAAUUGCUUGAUUCAUGAACUAGCUAGGUAUCACCAUUUGUCCUUUAAAUACACCUAUUUUCUUCUGUGUAAAAAAGUGCCCUGUUAAGGCAUGGUAAACUCUACUUUUUGCUGUUAUUAGACUAUUCCAAUGAGGAAAGUAUUUCCUUUGGUAUCAUCUUUCACUCUCCAUGCAUUAAUUUCUAUGUUGAAAAUAUUUGUUGAGAUAAUGAUGGUUAACGGUGUAUUUUGUACAUAAAU